AUGGCUUAUUAAAAUAAUCACAAAUUUGAUUUAAGAAACUUUGUUUUUGAACUCUCUAAUUUACAAAGUCAAAUUCAAAGAAACCACAAAGAUCUUUAAAGUAGGAUUUUAUAUUCUUAUUCAUAGUGUAGGAAAGAGUUUCUAUAUGUAAUGAAUCAGUUGAUACCUCAGAAAUAAUAAUACAAAUAAUAAUCAUUUGA